GAGAGGCUGCAGGUCGAGUGGGAGAUUUAAACAAUGCAAUCUUUGUUCGUGGUUUCUUGUAUGCACUCUUUGUUCGCGCGAGCUCCAGGAGAGGAAAGGAGAGGCGGCAGGUCGAGUGGGAGAUGUAAACAACGAGAUCUUUGUUCGUGGUUUCUUGUAUGCCUCUUUGUUUCUCGCGAGCUCCAGGAGAGGAGAGGCUGCAGGUCCAGUGGGAGAUGUAAACAAUAAGAUCAUUGUUCGUGGUUUCUUGUAUGCCAUCUUUGUUUCGCGCGAGCUCCUGGAGAGGAGAGGGUGCAGGGCAAGGAAGCUCGCGGAAUUUUGCCCGGAGGAAGUUGCACGAUGACUUACACUUACGAGUUUCAAAAAUGGGAGAAGCUCAUGGAAGUUGAGAUCAAGAAGGACAAUGAGGUCUAUGGUGAAUCACACAUUGGGUAUACUCGACGUAUUCCAAAAUGGGAGGAUAUUUAUAGAGAUUUUGAACUUCGUAAGAAGGAGCAGAAAACACAAGUUGGAUAUAGACGGCGUAUGCCGAGGUGGGAGGACGUUUAUAGACCUCUUCAUGUUCGUAAGGAGGAAGAAGAAGUGAAACCCAAAAAUUAUGACUCCUUUGAUUGUUUCAGCUUGUAUGAUAUUGAGGAUGAGGAAGAUUAUCUUGUAUCAGACGAAGAGCUCUGCAACUCACAAUCUCCCGAGUAUCUUUCAGAGACUGGUAUUCAAGAUGAGGAAAAUGCUCUUGUAUCAGACGAAGAGCUCUAUGAUUCACAAACUCCCGACUCACAAUCAGAGACGUUUGAUGAAGAUGAGGUUUUAACUACAUUACUUGAGGAAAACCCUGUUUUUGGAUUUGACGAAGAGAUUUUGAAGCACGUGGUGGACAACUCUCUCAGCAUCUCUCUAAACAACCUCAAACUAACAAGUGAUACUGACGAAGGAGUCGAUGGAGAUCGUAUGGAUAUGGAGCCCUAAGUUGAUGUUGGUAUGGUUGAGUUUGUUGAUCGUCUUGGCUGCUCCGAGCUUUCUUCCACCACUUAACGAUGACAAACUCAUAAAGUGAAGUGGAAAGAAGCGUGAUCAGAAUGAGGUGUUAUAUGUGAUAGUUCAAGCAAAAUCUCCUUCCAGAAUUCACGAAGAGAUUCUUGUGGCUGUGGUCGGCAAGUUUUUCAGCACUCUCGAACUCUCAAGUGGCAAGUUUUUCAGCAAUCUCAACUCUCAAGUGGUAAUGACGAACGAAUCGAUGGACUUCGCAUGGACGGUGAGCCUUCUGUUGAUGCUGGUAUUUAGAGUCUGUAUAUCCCUUGGCUCAUCUGAGUUACUGGCACCACUCAAUGAGAAAAAGCCUUCAAGUGAAGUGGAAUCAAUAUCAUCAUGUACAUACAACACUGUAACUGUAACGUGAGUCUUGACGAAUACAACCUCAUGUACAGAAUGACUGUCUAUUUCCUGCAGUAUUCUCACUAGCUACGAUCAAAGUACCAGCCUUGUACUCAACAUGUGGUAGUUUCCAAUUUCCAAUUUCACUGCGUGUGAA